CUCGAGGCCUGGGCAGGCCGCUGGUGCUCCCGGCCGCGCCCGCGCCCGCGCGCGCACGGCCGGGGGCAGCGGGAUGGCGGCCGACCCCAACGCGAUGCUGCAGAUGCUCGCGGGCAUGCGGGCGCAGAACGAGGUGGCCGCCCAGAGCCUGGCGGACCAGAUGCGGAUGCUGCAGCAGGGGCAACAGGGGCACCCGCAGCUGCAGGCGCCCCCGCCGCAGCUGCAGCCGCAGCUGCUGGCGCAAGCGCAGUUCCCGGCCACUGCCUCGUCGGCUUCAAGGCCGGCGGUGCCUCCGCCCCCGUUGCCGCGGCUGCCCCCGCUGCCCCCCGAGCUCGCCGCGCUGGGUGCAGGCGGAGGCUCGCUGGGGUCCCGGCUCCCGCCGCUGAUACCGCCGCUGCAGGCCGCCGCCGCGGCGGCGGAGGCGCCGCAGCCUGGGGUCGGCGCGGCGGGUGCCGGCGACGCGCCCGCCGACGCCGCGCCAGAGGUGCCGAGGUGCCACCUGCAUCGCAAGGCCAGCAAGGCCUGCAAGUUCUGCCGGGCCUUCGCGGAGGCGCAGGAGAAGCAGAGCCAGCGCAGGGAGGAGCUCAAGAGCGCCGCGAGGGAGCGGCUGCGCGCCGCCUGCUCCGGCGGCUCCGGCGCGUCGCUGGGGCCCUCGGACAAGGCGCCGCUCCCCAACCUGGCCAACUUCCCCCAGGUCCUGCAGGAGCGCAUCCAACGGAGCGACUACUACGCCACCUACCUGGCCAGCGCCGAGCCCCCGGCGGUGCGGAGCCUGCUGGAGCGAUGCGAGAGUUGCGAGGUGGAGACGCGGGACAGGGGGGCCCUGGACAUGGCGCCGUCCCCCUUCAUCUGCUGCGUCCUCCGCCUGAUGCAGAUCCAGCUGACGGAGGGGCAGCUCCAGGACAUGCUGGACGACCCCACCGUCUGGACACGGUGCGCCGCCUACAGCUACGUGCGCUGGGGCAUGCAUCACGGCCGACUGCGGACGCCCGGCAGUUUAUGCCGUGUGCUGCUCUUUGGCCCUCCUCGUCACGACCGCUACUGGGAGCUGCUGUCGGAGGCGCUGCUGGACGACGAGGAGUUCACCCCGUUUCCAGGCAGGGGUUCGGACAGCAUGGAGUGCGGGCAGUACGUCGAGCAGCUGUUCACGAGGGACAAGUACUGCGACACCUCCCUGCCUCGCAUCCCAGUGGCACAGAGGAAGAUGCUGAUGAAGCGCCUGGUGCUCUACGAGCAGUUCCGCAAGCGCUACGCCGCCAACCUCGCGGUGCGGGAGCGUUACGAGCACCCCGGCAAGCCCGUGGAGUUUUGCAGCGUCGACGGCGAGUGGUCCGUGGGCGAGACGACUGGGUCGCUGAGCUCCGAGACCAGGAACGUCUCCGUGCGGGUGAAGCUGCCGGGAGACGGUGGCGAGACGCACGUGUCCCUGGGGAUGAUCAUCUCCCCCCUGGGCAGGGACGAUCCGAAGGGCGCGCAGUCACGGGACCUCACGCGCUCACGCGGGCGCAGCAGCCACGAUCUGCUCGAGAGGUUCGACGAGAAGCAGAGGAGCGACGCAGUCGCAGACGGCAAGGACUACUGCAAGUCAAGCGGGCAGCACACCGUGCGCGUCGGGGGCGUCCCCUUCAUCGCAGGCGUGAAGCGCAAGGAGCUCGAGCAGCAGCGCGAGGAGGAGCCCGACUGGCGGCAGGCGGCGAUGCGCGAGGAGCAGAGAGCGCAGGACGAGCUGAAGGCAAAGAGGGCAGCAAUCGAGUCCAAGUACCUGGCCCGGGUGUCGAGCAGCCAGGGCAAGCAGGCGCGCCCCCGCGCUGUCGGCCGAGGAGUACGCCGCCCUCGACGACCGCACUAAAGUGGAGG